AUGCGCGCCCUCUGCUCCAACGUCACAUCCUCCCUCGAGGAGACAUGUGAAAACUACAACGACACCUCCGGAAUUCCGGUCUCCAACUGCACACUCACGCUUCAGAAUGAAGCAUCAGCAUGGCACGCCACCGGCACCCAAAUAUCAAACUCGAUUGCCUUGAUGGUUAACACCACGGAACAGCCUAUAGUUUACACCAACGCUACAUUGCCGGUCAUUCAGCGCGUCGAAGCGGCAGAAGCCAACGCCGUAAACGGCACAGAGGUAUCCAAGGCGAUCCUCAAUAAUCCUACUUACGCCGCAACCGAGUGCACCCUGCAACCGAUCGUUCGCAGUGUCAGGGCAUCAGUCAGCCGCUCCCGCUACAAGGAAGAUAAUCUCGCAGAAUGGACAGGAGCAGACGCGUUCAGCCAAAACGAGACCGCAAUUGUUGGGUACACCUUUGUCCCGAAUUGGAACGAAAGCCUAGGCGUGCACUCCGGCCAGAAGUUCACAUUGUCCCUAUUUAGCACCUUUACCAUAGCUGACUUCAUCUCCCAGCUUUUCUCUGGCUUUGCGGCCGCAAACAGCAUGGCCUUGAGAUUCUACCGAAAUUCGGAAUCAGAGUCGUAUGCGACAACCGAUGUGAUUGAUUUGCUUCUGUACGGAGUAUGUGCGGCGGGCGAAGGGCAUUGA